CUUCAGUUAGAAGUGUGUGCCAUGGUAGGGCGGAGGCUCUCAAUCAACCAUAUAGAGGAGAUGGAGUUUGUUUGCAUUGAAGCGAAAUCCAGUCGUUUUGGGAAUUUUUUUAGAAUUUCCAUGUUAAUGAAUAAUGGAAAAAGGGGUCUUAUUAUUCCUGGGGAAUUUGAUGGUGAGGGGUGGCAUGGUUUUAGGAGUUUGCUUGGUGUCUUUCUUUCUGGCCGAAACAAGGUAUGGUGUAAGGAAGUAACAAGCAGGGGCAAUACAGUAGAUGACAAGAACUCUGAUUCUGUUUCAAUGAUGUUAAAGUGUGAUAAAGUGUUCUUGAGAGAAGAGGAGCAAUGGAAAAACACUGUGACUGAUAAGGCUAUCUUUUUCUGCCAAAACGGCAAAGAGGUUGAGAAUGUUUGUAGGUUUGGGAAUUGUGUUCUUGACGGACCAACAAGAGUGAAGAUUCAGAGAUACUAUCAGGAAUUGGAUAAAUUUUGCAGCAGAGCAUCUUUCUUGGGUGGCUGGAUUGCUAUGGAAGGCUUACCGUUUCAUUUGUGGCAUGUGGAGGUCUUCAGCAGGUUGGGAAUUCGUGUGGUGGCUUCG